CAUGUUCGUAAAAAAACCAAAUCAACCCGAACCGGACAAGCAGGACACCGUAAACGAACCGGACCCGGAACACCUCCAGGCACUAUCGGUCAGCUUUGGUCACACCGCAUUCCGUCCAAUGCAGUGGCGCAUUAUCCGUUCCAUCAUCGUUCAGCACCGAGACAACUGUGCCAUAAUGGCCACCGGGUACGGUAAAUCACUAACCUACCAGUACCCGUCCGUCUUUCUAAACCGGCUCACAUUCGUCGUGUCACCACUGAUCAGCUUGAUGCAAGAUCAGGUACUGUCCCUCAACCUGUGCAACAUUCCCGCCUGUCUGCUCGGGACAGCUCAGCGCGAAAAUCCUGUACCGGACAUAAAAGCGGGCCAGUAUCGUGUCGUCUAUCUAACGCCCGAGUAUGUUACAUCCGAUUCUGGCCAUUCACUGCUAAAAUCAGUCGCCAAACAGCUCGUCCUGAUUGCCAUCGAUGAGGCACACUGUGUAAGCAAAUGGGGGCACGAUUUUCGUCCCGCCUACCGUAACCUGGGCACGAUCCGUGAGCUCUGCCCCCAUGUACCGAUACUGGCCGUUACCGCUACAGCAACACCGAAAGUUCGUGACGAUAUCGUGCAGUGUUUGAAGUUGGUACGGCCCCAGAUUCUGUGCACCGGUUUCGAUCGACCGAAUCUGGAGUUUAUCGUGAGGCCUAAAGGAAACUUAGGCCCAUUGCAUGACAUACGGCCGCUGCUGGCAGCGAACCGCGAGGGAAGCACUAUCAUUUACUGUUUGACGCGCAAGCAAACGGACGAUAUCGUCGAGGUACUGCAAGCGAAACGGAUUGAGUGCGAAGCGUACCACGGUGGCAUAUCGAUGGGCCAGCGGAAGCAGGUGUUGGAAAAGUUUGUGAACGAUCACGUACGCAUCAUUGUGGCAACGAUCGCGUUCGGCAUGGGAAUCGAUAAGCCGGACGUUCGGUUGGUUAUACAUUACGGUGCGGCGAAGGAUUUGGAAAGCUACUACCAGGAAGCAGGUCGUGCCGGUCGCGAUGGACAACCGGCCCGGUGCAUUAUGUUCUGGAGCAAGGGUGAUUUUAAGACGCACGAAUUUCUACGCGCGGAACGAUCAAACGCACUGAAGGAAAACCAAGAGCAGCUGGCACGGAAGAUGGCCGAGUACGUGGAGCUUCGGGACUGUCGGCGACGGUUUAUACUGGCAUAUUUCGAGGGUGUGCUGACGGAGGUGAUCAAGGAAGAGGUAAAGCACACGGUAGCAAAGCGAUGCUGUGAUAACUGUACGCGCGGCGGUGUGGCAAAGGAUUGCGAACGGUACGAAGGAUUGGACGCAGAAGGACGGUACAAUUUUGCGCUCGAUGCGGAUAUGUUCCUUCGGGCGAUUGGAGCGUUCUACGGUGGGGUAAAUCUUGCCAUGCCGACCAUGUUACUGCGAGGAUCCAAAAAUAAGAAGCUAAACGAACGAUUCUACAACCAUCCACUUUUCGGGAAGGGUAAGCAGCGGGAUGAGGAUUGGUGGAAGGAGCUGGGUGCCCUGCUCGAACGGGAAGGCUAUCUGAGCAAAACGAAGGUGGCAAACCAGUACAAUAAGUUUGCACAGGCCGUCUACUUCCAAGUUACACCCGCCGGACAGCGAUGGCUUAAUAGCGGUGAGGUGAAAGACCGCCAGCUGCUGAUCAAACCAACCUCGACCAUGUUCAAAUCGCUCAAAGUUAUUAAACCUGCCUCACUGUACGAAGCUACACAGCUUCCGAUAUUACGCACCAGCAAGCAGCAGAACCCCACCCAAGAGCUUGUGGCAUCGUUGAUUAAGAAGCGUGCCGAACUGGCAGCCACGUUUGAGUGUAUGCCGUACAUGAUCGCUUCGAACGCCUCCCUACAUCAGCUUGCCACCCGGAAACCAUUAAAUAUGCAGGAGAUGAAAGCUGCCCAGCUGGAUGGAUUUUCUGACGCAAAGUUGCAAAAGUUUGGACGAGAGUUUUUGAUUUGCAUCCAAAAACAGCUCAGUCUGCUACCCAGUGCUUCUUCAUCAAACCAGUCGGUCGAGUACGACCAACUUACGGCAACGAAAUCGACCAGCUAUACGUUGUGGAGAGAUGAGAACAAAUCAAUCGCCGAAAUCGCUACCAUUCGGAACCUUAAAGAAUCCACCAUCUUGGACCAUUUGUGUGAUGCUGUUCGGGCGGGACUCCCGUUUGAAGAACGAGAUCUUAUCCGGCUGGGUGUUGCACCAGAUGUAUAUGCAGCGAUUGCCUGUCGGCUGCCCGCUAAUUUGGAGGAAUCGAUUACGUUAUCUUCGAUAAAGGAACGGUGCCCACCGGAGAUUACGUUCAACCAGGUGAAGGUUGUGCUUGUCUGGGAGAAGCAACGGCGGCUUAAAGCGAAGAAGGACCCAGUAACGGAGGAAGAAACAAUUCCCAAAGACCAUGCGGUAGAAGAUUCAAACAAUAGUUUAUUGGAUGGCAUGUUCUCCGAUGACGAUGAAGAGUUGUUUAUAGCCGGUCCGGAGCAACAUGCGGGCGAACAAGUUGACUGUGAGCCGACAAGUCCAACCAAACCGAACAACACCGGUGCCAUAAACGAUUUGCUCAACGAUGACGAUGAGGAUAUGCUCGACUUUGCCGAACUCGAUCGUCUUGAAGCGUCAAUGGUGGAAGAGAUGCCAUCGUCAGCAUCACCAUCAAAAUCCCCAUCGCUUCUUGAUGCGUCACCUGAUGCAGUACAAAUGCACCAACCCGUUAAACCAGCCGUCGCGUUAGAUCAGAAUAAAGAACCGUUGCAAGAAAAUGCUCCAACACGAACCCGUACCGUAAACUUGAAGCACAUCAUCUACGAAGACGACGAUGAGGACGAUGAUAGCGAUAAAGAGGAUAAGGAUGCCAAUCAUCAACUGUUUACCUUCCGGUUGCCGAAACGGAAAGCAUGA